AGGCAUGCAGAGACAUGCCCCAGCCGAGGACAUUAAAAAGGCAUAUCGGAAACUGGCCCUGAAAUGGCAUCCAGAUAAAAAUCCUGAGAAUAAAGAAGAAGCGGAGAGAAAAUUCAAGCAAGUGGCUGAGGCGUAUGAGGUGUUAUCAGAUGCUAACAAACGGGACAUCUACGACAGAUAUGGCAAAGAAGGGUUAAACGGUGGUGGUGGAGGUGGAAGUCACUUUGACAGUCCAUUUGAGUUUGGCUUCACAUUCCGAAACCCAGAUGACGUCUUCAGGGAAUUUUUUGGUGGAAGGGACCCAUUUGCAUUCGACUUCUUCGACCCAUUUGAGGACUUAUUCGGAAAUCAAAGAGGCCCCUGUGGGAGCCGGAACCGAGGCACACGGUCGUUCUUCUCUGCUUUCAGUGGAUUUCCUGCCUUUGGAGGGGGGUUUUCUUCUUUUGAUACAGGAUUCAUGCCCUUUGGUUCACUAGGUCAUGGAGGCAUCAUCUUUUCUUCCACGGCAUUCAGUGGCGGUGGAAUGGGCAACUACAAAUCUGUAUCAACUUCUGCUAAGAUGGUUAACGGCAGAAAAAUCACUACAAAGAGGAUUGUUGAGAACGAUCAGGAAAGAGUGGAAGUUGAAGAGAACGGCCAGUUAAAGUCCUUGACAAUAAAUGGUAACGAGCAGCUGCUGCGCUUGGAGAACCAGUAGC